AAGAAGAGAGAGAGAGAGAGAGAGAGAGAGAGAGAAGUAGGAGUAUCCAUUCCCAUCAUCAGUCUGAUAUUCAGCCUUAAACCCUUUACCCAAAUUAUCUUUCCCUAAACUGAUAAGACCGGGCUUGUGCUCCUGUAAGAUCAUCAGCACCAUGGACAUGCUACUGCUCUCUUCUCCACUUACCCCACACUCCUCAUCACCAUCACCAUCUUCUUCUUUGAAACCUACAACUGCUGCUAAACCCUCACUUGUCUCUUUCAAUUUCAAAUCUCCAAUCUCUUCUCCUCAUAAUAAAAAUUUCCCAUCCUUUUCAAUUCAAUCCUCCGGAACCCUAACUCCCCAAUUCACUGCUCCCCAAACCCCCGCUACUGCAAUGAGAGGAGCUGAGUCAGAUGCAAUGGGGCUUUUGCUCAGAGAGAGGAUUGUGUUCUUGGGUAAUAAUAUUGAUGACUUCGUAGCUGAUGCUACUAUCAGUCAGUUGUUGCUUUUGGAUGCUCAAGACCCUACUAAAGAUAUUCGUCUCUUUAUUAACUGUCCUGGGGGUUCUCUCAGUGCUACAAUGGCUAUCUAUGACGUGGUUCAGCUUGUGAGGGCUGAUGUUUCCACAGUGGCCCUUGGCAUCUCAGCAUCAACAGCUUCUAUCAUCCUAGGUGGGGGCACAAAGGGCAAACGCUUUGCAAUGCCAAACACACGGAUCAUGGUUCAUCAGCCUCUUGGAGGUGCUAGUGGGCAAGCAAUAGACGUGGAGAUUCAAGCUCGAGAAAUUAUGCAUAACAAGAAUAAUGUGGUUAGAAUUAUUUCAGGUUUCACCGGCCGCACAGUUGAACAAGUCCUAAAGGAUAUUGAUAGGGAUCGUUAUAUGUCUCCAAUAGAAGCAGUGGAAUACGGGAUAAUUGAUGGAGUCAUAGAUGGAGACAGCAUCAUUCCGUUGGCUCCUGUGCCAGAAAGAGUAAAACCAACAUUAAGCUAUGAAGAAAUGCGUAAAGAUCCAAUGAAAUUCUUGACACCAGAUGUUCCUGACGAUGAGAUAUUCUAGCUUGUGUCGUCUGCUACAAGACAGGCUGUUAAUGUAUUCUUUCAUGAGAGAGGUAUCGAAAGAUUGGUAAGCUGGCAUACGGGAUGCAAUUAUGUUGCAGGGAAAAAUGAAUGUCAACAAAAGCUACUAAAUAGGUCAUUAGAAUGAUGAAGAUUGCAGAACUGAAAUGAGGAGGCAAUUUUUCACUGUGUAAGCUGUAAACUUGGAUGUAUUAGUUGAAUUGCUCUUGAAAGGAAAUGUUAGCAUAAAAAAGCAUAGGGACUUGCAAGCAGUGCGCAAUUGCUUUUCUAAAAUUUGAUUGAGAAUUAAAACUACAAUGGUGUCUUUCUUUUGUAGUUAGUGUCCAUUGUAUUUGGAAUAUUAUUUUUACUCGAAGUCUUAAUCCCUUGUCAAGUUCUCAGUUA